AAUAUCAUUAAAUCACGUUGGGAAUAAUAGUAAAUCUUCUGUAUAAUUGAAUUUUAUAAGUGCAGUACAGUAAAAGUUAUGCUGUCUCUUAACGAGUAUAGAAGCAACUCGAAGACUGCUUUGUAAUUCAGUUGACUUUCGGCGUUCGAUAUAAACACUCGAAUUGACAAAGUAUCGCAAAAAAGAAAAACGUCGCGUAUUACAAAUUUUCUAUUUUUUUUUUUUUUUUUUUUCGAAGAGUAAAUAAUUAAUUUCUUUCAAUUAAAAAAAAAAAAAAAAAUUGUAUUCAUUUUUCCUUCUCGUUUGUCAAAAAACAUGAUGAAUGAGAAUUAAAAUAAUUGAAAAUUAUUAGAAGCUUUUUUAUGUAAAGAUUAGUUUAUAUUUCGAUCUAAGACUGUAAAACCGGCUUUUAUUAUUAUGACAUCGAUAAAAGUUAGUGUUGAAAUACAAGACUUUAAAAGAACGUGACACUAUAAUAAUAUUACUAUUUGUAGAUUAUAAAACUGAUCUCAUGAGAAGUGUAUAUAUAAGAGUAGAAAAGUGACAGAAACUGAAAAAAAACUGUUUCAAUUUUUAAAAAGAGUUUUUUUUCCAUUGCAAUUAUUCUUGACAUCAAAGUAAAAAAAACACUUGUUGCGUCGAAUUAAAAUUUAAAAAUGAAAUCAAAGGAAUGAGGAAUAGUGUUAUUAAAAAUUUUUUUUUUCUGAAUUAAACCAAUUUUAACAAGUGAUUUUAAUUUAUUUGUUACGUGAACAGUAUUUUAUUUUUAUACGCGAAGAACAAUGAGUGUAAAUAUGUUACGUGUAUUUAUUUUAAUAUUAUUUAUUACUUGUGUCAGUAUUCAUGCCCUUCCAGUCGAUGAGUUUGAACUCAGAAUUCUACAUUCAAAUGAUAUGCACGCCAGAUUUGAAGAAACAUCCGAACUUUCUUCAAUUUGCACGGCAAAACAAUCAAAAGCGGGAAAAUGUUUCGGUGGCUUUGCAAGAAUAGCAACUCUAAUUCGACAAGCAAGAAAAUCAAGUGAUAAUACACUUUUCUUAAAUGCUGGUGACACUUAUCAGGGUACCAUUUUAUUCACUGUACACAAAUGGAAAAUUGUUUCGAAAUUUUUAAAUAUUCUCAAUCCAGAUGCCAUUAGUUUAGGAAAUCAUGAAUUUGACAAUGGAGUUGCGGGUCUCGUGGACUUUAUUAAUAAUGCCACAUAUCCAAUAGUAACGUCUAAUUUGGAUCUUUCUCAAGAGCCAACAUUACAGAAAUCAAAAUUAUUGAAUUCAACGAUAUUGGAAGUUAAGGGGAAAAAAAUUGGUGUUAUCGGUUAUUUAACGCCGGAUACAAAAAAUAUUGCAAUGACCGAUAAUGUCAUUUUUCGCGAUGAAAUUGAAUCGAUACGUGAGGAAGUGAAAAGACUAAAAGAACAAAAUAUAAAUAUUUUCAUUGCACUUGGUCAUUCGGGUUUUGACAUGGACAAGAAAAUUGCAGAAGAAAUUGAUGAUAUUGAUUUAGUAAUUGGUGGUCAUACAAAUACGUUUCUUUAUUCGGGAAAAGAGCCCAGUUCUGAAACACCCGAUGGACUUUAUCCAACUGAAAUUAUUCAAAAGAAUGGACGUAAAGUUUAUGUCGUUCAGGCUUAUGCCUAUACCAAAUAUCUGGGGAAUUUAACUAUCAAAUUCGAUAAGGACGGUGAAAUUAAAUCAAUUUUGGGUAAUCCCAUUCUCGUGGAUUCAAAAAUCGAACAAGCAAAAGAUGUUUUGGACGAACUCGAUAAAAAUUGGCUUCCGGCAGUUGAAGGAAUGAAGAAAGAAGUGGUUGGUCGAACAAAAGUGCUACUGGAUGGUGAUUUUAAAGUUUGCAGAAGAAAAGAAUGUAGUAUGGGAAAUUUCAUAGCAGACGCAAUGAUUGACUAUAAUUCUAAGCAAUUCGCUCAUAAAGAUGGUUGGUCUGACACAGCAAUAGCAUUAUUUAAUUCAGGAAGUAUUAGGAGUUCAAUUACCAGAGACAAUGAGGAUAAGAUAACUAGAGCGGACGUAUUACAAGUUUUACCAUUUGGAAAUAUGCUUAUGAAGUCAAGUAUGACUGGAUCGGAUAUAUUAGAAGUCCUUGAAUUUAGUGUUAGGGACUUAACUCCUAAUCCUAAUGAUACGUCCAAUUUAAAUGGUGGUUUUCUUCAAUUUUCCGGAAUUCAGGUGAUUUAUGAUCUCAGUAAGGAAAAAGGAUCGAGAGUAGUUUCAGCAAAGAUACGAUGUGCUUCGUGUAACGUACCAUCCUUUGGUAACUUAGUCAAAAAUAACACGUACAAUGUGUUAGUAAACGACUUUUUAAUGUCCGGUGGAGAUAAUUAUGCGAUGCUUAAAAAACUUAAAGCCAAUAACGAAGGAGUUACGAUCAAUGAUGUUGUCGUUGAAUAUUUAAAAAAAGAAACUCCCGUUCAUUAUGGAACUGAAUGGAGAAUUAGUUUUGUGAAUUUAGACAAUAAAAAUAAUGACAAUACUAACAAUACUGUCAAUGAGAAUAACGUCGGCGACAAUGUUGUUACUGCAGGUGAUCAAAUACCAACUCUAAAUUCAGCUUCAUCUUUACAUCCUUUGACGAUAUUCAUUCUCUUACCAUUAAUUAAACUCAUUACAUUUUAACAAAAAAAUUAUCUAUUUUAAUAAAAGAGGAAACGUAUUUUAAAAAAAAAUUAUUGUACAUUGUGUUUAGAUUUUUUUAACAUAAUAGUUAUACUUAUCAGAAAAGACUGUGUAAAUAAAAUUCAAAUUAUCUAUAUAUACUUUACAGAAAUUUAAAAUCAACAAUUAAAUAUUUUGACAUUAUUUACCCAAUAAAAACAUAAAAUUUAA